AAGUGUUCAGUUCAGUUCGCGCUGGUGAACGUAACGGAAAAGUCGUCGCCUGUUGAAUCUAUUCUAAUUACUCGAUUCACUCGGCCCGUCGCCGUCUCCUUGUUUAGCUUUUUUGUUUUGUUUUUAUGUUUUGUUUUGAACUCUACGCACUGUGCCAUGUGAAAAGCGACCUAAAGAGGAGAGAGAGAAGCAAGGCGCGCGACAGAAACGCAACAAAACAACGGCAAAGCAACAGAAGUAACAACCGAAGCAACAGAAGGAGAGAAAAAUCAUUUACGAAAAUAAAACAGUUGGAAUCAUCACUGCUCCCAAGAACCUGCUCUCGUCCAGCCAUCCAGGGAUGCAACAUCCAGACUUUAGACCCCAGCGCUAACCUAACCCAAGCCCUAGCUCCUAGUCCCACUUCCUAACCCAAACCCUCCUAGCCCAGUCACAGUCGCACACAAUUCCAAGAUGGCCGAUAAUGGAAGCCAUCUCAGCAAUAACAACAAUAACAAUAGCAACAACAACAACACGGAGGCAUCCAGACUGAGACUGCCCGAGGCCGAGCAGACCGUCCAGCUGCUGUCCAAGAAUGGAUCAGCGGCCAAGACCAAGAUAUCAUCGCCUCAAACUACCACCACCACCCAUUUGCAUUCCCAAUCCACGCCUGGAUCCCAUCCUGUAAAGAAGAAGAGGCGCGACAAGAGCGACCUGGGCGAUGACUUUGUGGCGCCCGAUGGAGGAUGGGGCUGGCUGGUGGCCAUCGCCAGUGGCGUUAAUAUUCUUGUGACCUUCGCCUUGGCCCAACAAUUCGGCAUCCUUUUCCGCGAUCGUAUGGCCAACCUGGGCAUAUCCAGUUCCGAGCUGACCACCAUCAUCAACACACAAAUUGCUGUGUCUGCAUUUACGGGUCUUCUCAAUGGCCCGCUCUUCCGACGUUACACCUACCGAGUGGUGGCCCUUUGGGGCUCCGUGCUCACCUUCGCCGGUCUCUUUUGGAUGGUGUUCGCGGACACCUUUACUGUUUACCUGUUGAGCUUCUCGAUCAUUUAUGGAUUCGGACGAGGCCUAACGGUCAGCGCCUCCUCGCUGGCAGUUAACACGUACUUCAAGGUGAAGCGACGCACAGCCACUGCUUACCAGUUUGGCGUGGCAGGACUCGGACCCAUUGUCUGCCCCUAUUUCGCCACCUACAUGCUGCAGGUGUUUGGGGUUCAGGGCACGACCCUGCUCUUUGCCGGCGCCUCGCUGCACACUAUUGCCUGCUCGCUGAUCUAUCAGCCCGUGAAGUGGCAUGUGGUGAAGCGCGAUCGCGAUGCUGAGGCACUGCAGCCAGAGAAGCCGUUGGCAGAGCGCGAGGACCAGGACGAGGAUAUCAUCAAGCAUGUGGUGGAGCCAGAGACACCGGUUCUGCCGCGGGCCAACGACGGAUGGUUCGGAUCACGGGCCUCGCUCAACAGCAGUGGGACUCGCAAUCGCCUGAACACCUGGGACAAGAACGAGGGCAAUGGCCAUGUGGAGCUGAAGCGGCUGAGCAGCAAGGACUCGAAUCCGGGCGGAAGGCAGCAGCGCAGUAUCUCGGUUAGCCAUAGCAUCAAGGAAGAGGAGGCCAUGGGCUACGAGACCGAAGAGGAGGAGCAGGAGCAGCACAAGUUGCGCUCUGCCGAGCUCACGGAAAAGGAGAAGCAGGAGCUGGAGGAUGAAGAGGAGCGCCAGCGUCGCAAGAAGCUACCCUUCUAUAUGAAGGUUGUGAUCUUCUUUGACCUGGAUUUGCUGCGCGAUAUCACCUACGUGAACCUGGCCGUGGGCAUUACGCUUAUUAACUUUGUGGAGAUCAAUUUCGCCAUUCUGACACCCUUCAUCCUGGACGAUCUGGGCUUCAAAGACAAAGAUCAGAUCGCCUUGGCCAUGUCCACUCUGGGACUGUUCGAUCUGCUGGUACGGUUCGCCAUACCACUAAUCACCGCCAAGAUAAAUCUGAGUAAUCGCACCUUCUUCGUGGUGGGCAUCCUGGGCAUGUGCAUUGGCCGCUUCUUCCUUUCGAUGACCACCAACUUUUACGCAAUGAUGGCCAUCUUCCUUUGGCUGGGUCUAAACAAGGCCUUCCGCACGGUCUUCUGGUCACUGAUCAUACCCAGCUAUGUGCCGCUGAAGCGAUUGCCAGCGGCUGCCGGACUGCAGCUGCUCAUGUCGGGCACCUUCUCCAUGGUCUUUGGACCCCUGAUUGGCCUGAUUCGCGACCACACCAGCUAUGCGGUGACCCUUAACCUGCUGAAUGCCUUGUGCUUAAUGGCCUUUGCGGGCUGGUAUCUGGAGGACUUUAUACGUGCUAGCACCCGAAAAUCACCGCCGGUGAAGACGAUCGACUGAGCAGGGACAUCCAGGACCAAGAACAACACCAUCCAUCUUAUGUUAACUCUAGCGAAAUGUUCUUCUUGUUAUCACCUUUGACCAGUGUUUUUUUUUUAUACUCUAUAUGUUUAUGUAAAUUAUAUUCUGCGUGUACAUUGUGUAUAUACUGUAUAUUCGAGUGUAGCUAAUUAUUUGUAUUAAAUAUUGAUAAUUGUUAAUUAAUAUGCCUAAGCUGCCAACAUAAAAAACCGAAUAAACCAAAAAUA